AAGAUGAUAUCCCAGUCACAGGGUUUGCUGUUGCCAGCAGUAAAAGAAACGCAGACUUCCACGAGCUAUUUCCAAGCAUUCCAGAGGGAGACUAUCUCAUUGAAGACUAUGGUUGUGCAUUACAACGAGAAAUUCUCAUUCAAGGACGCUUAUAUAUUUCAGAAAAUCAUAUUUGCUUCCAUGCCAAUAUUUUCGGAUGGAUUACAGACCUGUCCAUACCUAUAUAUGAGAUAAUUUCAUUGGAGAAGAAAAUGACUGCUUUUGUCAUCCCGAAUGCGAUCCAAAUCGCAACACGUCGGGCCAAGUACACAUUUGCGUCUUUCCUCUCGAGAGACACAACGUAUGACGUGAUAGCCAAUAUAUGGCGACUAGCAAAGCCCGAAAUUGAAAGUCUGGAUGGGAUGGGAGGUAGCAGGAGUGACUCGUCCCAAAAUGUUGCUGGAGCUGUAGAAGACUCCGAUGGAUCUCUCCCAAUGGCAAGCAUUGUGGUUCCACGCAAGAAGGCGACUCAGUGUGCUUGUGGGAAGGAUGGAAGUCACCUCAACGAAACUGCAUUGGAGACUGUCUUGCCUGGAACUCCAGACAAGAUUUACAAUUUGAUGUUCACUAGUGGUUUUAUCAAGGACUUUAUGCGAGUUGAGCAAAAGCUUGCUGAUAUCCAAAUAUCAGACUGGUCGCCUACUGCAGGAGACUCGAAACUUCUGUGUCGCAACAUGUCGUACAUCAAGCCUUUGAAUAACAGCGUAGGACCAAAACAGACGAAGUGCGAGUUGAGGGACGAAACGGUCUACUGCGACUUUGACGACUAUGUUGUGACAGUCACUACUACUAGGACGCCAGACGUGCCAAGCGGAGGCGUGUUUGCUGUCAAAACUAGGACAUGCAUGAUGUGGGCAAGUGCGAUAACAACCCGUGUGGUUGUAACCACCCAAGUUGAUUGGACUGGUCGCAGUUUCAUCAAAGGACUCAUUGAAAAAUCCGCUAUUGAAGGUCAGAAAGUUUAUCAUGCCGACCUUGACAAGGCAAUGCGGAUGUAUAUCCAGGAACAUCAGAGCGAAUUCGUUCCGGCGGGCGUCGAUCCUUCUGCCGUUGCACCUGUAGAAGCGCUGAGCCCUUCCCUCGAGAAAUCACUCGAUGGCGGUCUGGUUGGUGGAGCGCCCGUGUCCGACGAGCUGGCGCGGAAAACAAGGGAGCAAGAGCGCAACCAGCGUGGUCUCCAGUGGGCGUACGAUACGUUCGAUGGCGCGUAUGGCGUUGCCAAACGAUCUGCGGGUGGAGCUAUCGAGCUCAUCAAAGACGCAUGGGACCAGUCGUCGUCCACAACGAUACUCUACUUCGUCAUCGUACUCUUGGUCCUCAGCAACAUCUGGACGCUCCUCAUGGUCGGCAGGCGAGAAGAAGUGGGCAGACAGAAGGAGCUGAGGAAGCUGGACGAUAGGGAGAAGUGGGUGCAGGGUAUCGUCACUGGCCUUUGGGAAGAACUAGAUGCGGGACGGCCCAGGAUAGUGUCGCCGCUCUCGAGUGGUCCUGUGGGUAGCAACCUGCGGGAAGAAGUGGCAAGCAUCGGCAAGAUGUUGGAUGGGGUAGAGGAACGGGUACAGCGAAUUCGCGAAAGCUUGAACGCUCUGGACUAGGGUUAUCAUAUCGAUUCGGUCUUUUUUUCUAUCGUUCUAUAGUUUCAUAAGUUACUGGGUUGUUUUUUUCUCAAACACAAUCACUGGCUCCUUGCGGGUACCUUCGUAUUUAUCUUCAGCUGCUGUAUUAUAGCGUUCCAAUCGAUUAUUCGUAAUCUAUAUUUUGCACAGACGUCGAUGCUGGUACCCAAACUAGCAUGCACUU